CGCACUCAAUGACAGAAGUGGCGGGUCUGACACAAUUCGUUUUAACGGAAAUAAGGAACGGCAGCUUGGUUCACGGGAGGGGGCGGGAGGUGUGCACUUAAUAACGCCCCUUAUUCGAAACUCGCGGCGUGGGACGCUAAUUCUGUGGACAUGACAUCGACGGGGUGUCACGACAUGCGUACCUUUUCCGCAUUCCGAGCGAACAAGUCGUGACGGCGACCAGCGUGAACACAAGCGACUGUCGGCGGGAACCAAGCCGAGGAGAGCGCUCCUCUUCCCGGGUACAUCUGGGGUAGAGGACCAUGAACCACUUGAGGUUUAACAUGAACUAAGUGGAUUUAAGAAACAACCUGAAGGAAAUUGCUAUGGCCGUGUUUAAACCUGAGAAUGUAGAGGACUUCUACGAAAUCGGAGAAGUACUGGGAAGUGGACAUUUCGGUCAAGUCCGAAAAGUUUGCGAGUUGGCCACCGGCACGCAUUGGGCGGCGAAGUUCAUCAAGCUUCGCAAGACCUCGUGCAGCCGACUGGGCCUGGAAAGGAGCCGCGUGGAGCAGGAGGUGGAGGUGAUCCAGGUUCUGCAGCACCCCAACAUUGUUGCCCUCAAAGAUGUCUUCGAGUGUCGGUCAGAGGUGGUGCUCAUUUUGGAGAUCGUUAGCGGCGGCGAGCUGUUCGACUUCAUCGCAGAGAAGGAGAACCUGACGGAGGACGAGGCCAUCCAGUUCAUGAAGCAGAUCCUGGACGGACUGGGCUUCAUGCACAACAAGAACAUCGCCCACUUCGACCUCAAGCCAGAAAACAUCAUGCUGUCCGACAAAGCGUGUCCACAUCCUAUCAUCAAACUCAUUGACUUUGGCCUUGCGCACCAUUUUAGCUCAGGGGAGGAGUACAGGAGCUCAAGUGGAACCCCUCAGUACAUCGCUCCCGAGAUGAUUAAUGGAGAAGCCCUGAGCACAGCGGCUGAUAUGUGGAGCAUAGGAGUUAUUACCUACAUACUCUUGAGCGGCUUGUCGCCGUUCCAGGGAGACUCCGAUGAAGAGACUCUGAAGAACGUCCUGGCUAUAAACUACCAGCUUGAUACGCGGUACUUUAGCACCACCAGCUCCACGGCUAAAGACUUCAUCCAGAAACUACUGGUGAAUAAUCCCAGUGACAGAAUGACAGCUGCAGAGUGUCUUCUCCAUCCAUGGAUCAAGCCCAUUACACGCAAACAGAUGGCCCACAGGAAUCGAUCCUCAAUCAACAUGAAGAAUUUUAAGAAGUUCAACGCCAAAAGGAAAUGGAAGAUGUCUUACAACAUGGUGCGGAUGUGUAACCGCCUGGUCCGCUUAAAACUUUUGUGCAAAGGCAGCUCAGAUCCACUUGAGGUAAGUCAAAUCUCACUCAUCCCAACAAAUAUGAGCUUAAAUGUACGACGCUGUCCUGCAGAGACAGUGCGAGAGCGACGUGGAGGACCUCGAAAGCAAGCCCGCCUCUCUGCUGCGGCGAAGGCUCAGUAGCAAUUCAUAGAGUCUGUUCAGCUUCUUCAGCAUUGUUGGGAUGAACUGCUUUUAUUCUAGAAUUUAUUCUCACUGUUAUACAAUCAAAGUGGAAAUAUUUGUGCAUUUAUGGACCUUUUUUUUUUUUUAAAACAAAAACAGCAUGUCAUUCAAUGUUUGAUGUGUUUCCUGCAUGCAAGGCCAGUAUCAAAUGCAAUUAUUGUGUCCAAUGAUGGCACAAACUUGUGAAAAAAAAACAUGUUUUGAUGCAAUUUAUACACAUUUUAGUGCACUGUGUACGCCAAAUUCCAGUUUUGAUUCUUCAGACAAGCAGUCCUACCUCAAUGGGAUUUUAGUAGCAUGAUGGCUGCCACUCCCAGUGUAAGGAAAUGUAGUUCACUACUUCUUAUUCUAAAAACAUCCUAUUUGGCUUUCAAGGAUGAUCUGACAUUAUCAUGUCAUUAUUGUUGAAGUCUGCCGUCUAGACAUAAUCACUAAGAGCAUUUAUUACUUGUGGUCUCAUGUGUUUUAUUAAUGUUUUCACAUGCUCCUAUAAAUUGUGUGCAUGAUCCUUUAAAAUAAGCUGCUGUUUGUUGCCUAAUUCUCUUUCUGUGCGAUGCAAUUUAAAGAGCAUUGUCAGUUUAUUUUUGUUGGUCUGAAAUAUAUAUAUAUUUUUUAAAAAUCACUGCAAGUUAUGGUGUAUUUUUGUAAUUUAAAAUGUUUUAUUUUUUAUUUGAUGCUAUGUAUUGAGGUUAAUUUGUGUGUUUAUGUAACUGAAUGUUUUUAAAUUUGAAUUUAGUGAACUGUUUUUAUUUAUAUUUUUUUUUACAUCAAAUUGAUUUUUAAAAAAAAGUGUGGCCAAAUUUUGUGUGCUUAAAAAUUCAGUUUGGUAAAAUUCAGUGUAAAAAAAUGAUUGAUUGCUUCAGGCUUAAUUUGCCGGAUGAGAGUUUUGAUACAACACAUUUUUCUUCCCUGAAUUCUUUUGCACUGAAUUUUUAAACAGUGAAGUUUUACACACUGAAUUUUUCAACACAAAAAUGUUGCCCACACAUUUUUAUUGAAUGGAAUUUUCAGCAUAAUUAGAUUUGGUUCACAAAAUUUAAACACAAAAAAUUCAGUUGCAUAAAUUCAGUGUCCAAAAGACAUAAAUGAACCUCCAUUCCCUGUUAAGUUGAUUUAGGGCCUCUUGUAAUGCAUAGCAGUCCAAAACACACUUGCUGGGAAACGCUCCCCCAAUAUAUUCCCCAGUGACAAAUAAAUGAAGUGUGUUCUGUUCUAAAUGGCAUGCGCAGCAAAAACAGACACAGACAGGUUACUUUGAGCAUUUCUUCCCCCGUUUAAACAUGGUUAAAGAACACAAAGUAGUAUAACUAAAGGGUGGAUUUGCACAGAGUAAACUGCUGCUGCGUGUUUGAAAAGGUGUGCAAGUGCAGCAUAAAACGGACAGUUACGAGGAAUGGAGGAAGAGAAGAAAAAAAGGGUCAGAUUUGAGCUGAGAGAGUGAGAAAGGUGGCGGGCAGGACUUCCAGUGGUGAUUUAGCUACAAAACAAAACAAAAAAAGGUGAAAUAAAAAUUCCAUAUGAAUUGCUGUUACUUAUUUUGUUAAAUAUUUGUAUUACUGCGUAUUAGGAUGAAAAUCUUUAAUGAAACAAAUUUUAAGGGGUGAUGGAUGCUUACAUGGAUGUCAUGUCAUUGAGCGCGUGGUCUAAUUCCUCGCUGAUGGCUUUGUAUUUGAGUUUCUGUGCAUAGAGCUCAUCUGUGCAAAGAGACAAUACAACAUGCUUGGAUUAAGCAACAUUGCAUGAUGACAACAAUAUACAGUAAAUGCACACCUACUUGUGAUUCAGUAUUCACAGGUUUUUUUAUUGUGAUAAAACACACCCAUUACUGCUUUUUCCCUCCAAAAAAUAAGAGUUUUUAUAGACAGACCAUCUCAUUCAACCUAAGUCAGUUAUAAUUCAUUAAUACGUGUUAAAGUGUAAAAUGUACAACACCGGAGAUGGAAGUAUGCAGUUGUCAACCAGGCUAAAGGCCGGACCGUGACUGAUUCUACAUGUUUAUCAAUCAUUUGUGAUGAGCAGGGACGCAGCACCAAAUUCUGGGCCCCCAUACACAAGACUCCUGAAGUUCCUUUACCCCACCCCAAACCAAAUAUCUGAACCCCAUACACACACACUACAAAAAAAAAUAUUAGUUUAAUUUGGUUGAAAGAAGUUUUUUAAAAUGCGUGUAAAAACCUUAGAUUUAUUUAGAACAGCUAGAUCAGGGGUGUCCACAUUGCGGCCCGCAGCGCAUUUUAAAAAUAAUAUUACAAAAAAAAAGAUUACAAAGUGUAACAAAAGAGCAAACAGGUGUAAUGUAAUGAGAAAAUGUUGAAAUAUUGACACUGAUAACACAAAGCUGCCUUAUAGGCAGUUUUUCUACUUUAAAACUCUCAUUGUUUAAAUAAUAUUUAUCAAUAUCAAUGUUGGUAUGAAUUAGUGACAUAUUCAAGGCUCCAAUUACUUAUCAAAUAUCCUACUUUUGAAAAAUAUUGCAUAUUUUGUGUUUGACAUGCAAAUAAAACAAGGGUUUAUUUAACAAAAAGGGCAUAAAACAUAAUAAAAACAUAUAAUCGAUGGACAGAUCUGAAAUUGUUUUAAAGCAGUGAUUCUCAAACUAGUGUUCCACCAAAAAAAUAACUUAAUUCAAUAUUCAAACACAGUGUAACUGUUCAAUCUGUGUGUAAUAUUUCAAUGAAUAUUUAGGCCUACUACGCUACUGUAUUUUGAUCUUGGUCAUUGUGGUGGUUUUCUGAGUUUGAGAACCACUGAUGUAGAGAUUUAAGCGUAGAAAGUUUAAAAAAAAAAGUUUUUAUAUAUUAUUUAUUUUUAACACUUUCAUGACCCUUUUAGAUCCCAAAUACCUUUGGUGGGGUUUUUCUUUUAAACUGUCAUAGCUCAAAAAUUAUAAUGAAACAAAAGCAAUGUUGUUAUGAAUUAUUUGCCUAAUUAAAGGGGAACUUUUUUCUAAAGAUAAUAAAAAACGCUUGCAAAAUGUGGCUUAGGGGAGUCACCGUUGUAGCCUUUAAAGCCCUCUAAAACAACUUCAAAUCCCUCCAUCUACGUUUUAUAUACACAAUGCAAGUCUAUAUAUAUAUAUAUAUAUUUUAUGGUAACAGAGAAGUUCAUAAAAAUAUGUAAUAUGUACAAUAUUUACUGUAUUUUGGUCAUUUUAUGCAUUACCAAAACUUCUUUCCUCAGCACAUUUAUUUCCGUUUCCAUAGCAGCACACAAUGUCCCUACAGCUUGGUUAUUAUACAGGUUACCAAACGUAAAUGAAGUAUUGUUGGCGGUUUUUGGAUGCAUUUUUAAAGUGAUAUAGAGGUAGAAUUGAUUGCUCCCAUUAGCUGCAUUGCUAGCCAACAAGAACAAGACAAUUUAAAAAUUAGAAUGCCCCCGCCCCCAAAAAAAACAACAACAAAAGAUUAGGGUUGUGAACGACAGGCAAAAUUCCAAAAAUUGCAGUUCCCCUUCAAGGCUCCAAUGACCUCACAUCAAAUAUUCCACAUUAAACAAUUUUGGGGGGUUACGUCCAGAUUGAGAGUACUUGAGAUUAUGUUUUUUUAGUGGUAACUGUUUUUUAAAAAUGUGUAUGACAUGUAUGUAACUGUAUCUUUUGCUGCCUCUUGGCCAGGACUCCCUUGAAAAAUAGGUAUUUUGAUCUCAAUGGGACUUUCCUGGUUAAAUAAAGGUUAAAUA